AAUUAUACCCAUAUAUGUGCAUGUGAAUAUAAAUAAAAAUCGAUUCUUUACACAACAAAACAUGAUAGGAUAUAUUUCAGAAAAAUGCAACUAUUUCGAAAAAACAAUAAAACCACCCCUGGUACGCAUGCAUUGUUGCUGUUGUCGUUGCCAAGCAACUAGGAGCAACUGAAGACUGUAAACAAAAAUGCAACUGAAAUUAAAACUGAAAAAUCAUGCAAAUUACUUACAAAUGUUCUAAAAAGCGCAUAACUUGUUUAAAAAGGUUCAAAAAGUAGACAAAAAUGCGUGGAGUGCUUAAAUGGGUGCAGAAAAUUGAAUUCCCGAAUACCAAAGAAGACCAAGUCAGUGUACACUCUUUAUGUUAUCAUCCGGAAGGAAAGCAACUGGUUGUGGCAGCUGGCGAUCGCGUGCUUAUUUACGACCAAGAUGGAACUUUAUUGAACACUCUAAAAGCUCACAAGGAUGUGGUAAAUUGUGUGGCUUACGCCCGCGAUGGCAAAAAGUUUGCCAGUGGUGCUGUGGAUAAAACAGUUAUUGUGUGGACAAUUCAGUUGGAGGGGUUGCUAAAAUAUUCACAUAGCGACUCUGUACAGUGUAUGUCCUUCAAUCCUGUUUCACACCAAUUAGCUUCCUGUUCACACAGUGACUUUGCAUUCUGGUCAGCAGAUCAGAAAGCCGUGCAAAAAUACAAAAUUUCGACUCGUGUCAAUUCAUGCACUUGGACCAAUGAUGGCCAGUAUUUGAUACUUGGAUUAGCUAAUGGCAGCAUUUCCAUUAGGAGCAAACUAGGUGAGGAAAAGGGUCGUUUCGAUCGUCCAGGUGGCUCAAGUAGUAAUGUAUUCAGCUUACAAUGCUGUCCAAUGACCAGUACAGAUGUAAUCGGAGUAGCUGACUGGAGCCAAACACUUUCAUUUCAUACUUUGAGCGGUCAAAUGAUUGGCAAAGAACGGGUAUUGGGUUUCGACCCGCUUUGCUUAACUUACUUUCCCAAUGGAGAAUAUUGUGUGGUGAGUGGUUGUUCUGAUUCAUUGCACUUUUUCACCAAGGAAGGCGUACGCCUGGGCACACUCGGCGAAGGGUUUAAAUCCUGGAUAUGGUCCGUUGCCAUUCAUCCCAAUGGCCAAUCGUACACGAUUGGCUGUCAGAAUGGUACGCUCGCCUGCUUUAACAUCGUUUCAAGUACUGUUCAUGCAUUGUACCGCGAACGCUAUGCAUUUCGCGAAAAUAUGUGUGACGUUAUAAUACAGCAUUUAAUAUCAGGCCAGAAAGUGCGCAUCAAGUGCCGCGAUCUUGUGCAAAAAAUAGCCAUCUAUAGAAAUAGCUUAGCAGUACAAUUACCGGAGCGGGUGGUGCUGUACGAAUUAAGUUCUGGCGAAGAACAACCGAUGCAUUACAAAGUGAAAGAGAAGAUACAGAAGAAAUUCGAUUGUAGUCUGUUGGUGGUAUGCGCAUGCCACAUAGUACUAUGCCAAGAGAAACGUCUACAGAGCUUGGACUUCAAUGGCAUAUUGCAACGCGAUUGGAUAAUGGACUCUUUCAUACGCUACAUUAAGGUCACUGGUGGCCCAGCAGGUCGGGAAGGACUGCUUGUGGGUUUAAAGAGCGGGCAGGUAUUUCGUAUAUUUUUGGACAACUCACUGCCACUUUUGAUUACAAAUGUCGCCUCAGCAGUGCGAUGUUUAGAUAUCAAUGCGAAUCGCACUAAAAUAGCUGUAGUAGAUGAUACUGGGCGUCUUGUGGUGCGCGACAUUGUUAGUGAUACCUUACUUUAUCAGGAUACUGGCGUAAACUCUGUAACCUGGAAUACUCAUUUGGACUCGAUGCUUUGCUAUACUCACACCGUUGGUGGCCUUAGCAUUCGUGUUGGUAGUCUACCGCCCCGCGGUCCACAGAACAUGUUGGGUGUGGUAGUGGGACUAUGUGGUGCCACGGCCUUUUGUCUACGGGGCAACGUUAUGCACAAUAUACCAUUAGCUUUGGGAGCUACUAUGUGGCAGUUCAUUGAAUCUGGCCUAUUUGAGGAAGCUUAUCAAGUUGCAUGCUUAGGUGUAACCACAGCCGAUUGGGAAGGCCUCGCUCAGUCAGCUUUAGAAGCUCUGCACCUACAUAUAGCGCGUGAUGCAUACGUAAAAGUGCGCAGUCUCCCGUGGCUACAGUUAGUCAAUGAAUUAAGUGAGAAACAGAAACGUGGUGAAAUGCCAAAAGAGGUAUUACAAGGAGAAAGCUACGCAUAUGCUGGCAAAUACAAGGAAGCUGCACGACUUUUUCAAAAGUGCAGUCGGCCCAUGCGUGCAAUGGAAAUGUAUACCGACUUACGCAUGUUCGAUCUGGCCCAAGAAUUUAUUAAAGACGGUUCCGAUGAAGCAAAACGUGAUUUGGUCAAAAAACGAGCGGAGUGGGCGUACUCCGUCAAAGAACCACGAGCUGCUGCUGAACUGCUAUUAUCAGCAGGCGAGCACCAGAGAGCUAUCGACAUUGUAGCGGAGCAGGGUUGGGCAGAUAUAUUAUAUGAUAUUGGGCGUCGACUCAGUUUGAGUGAGAGAACGCCACUGGAAUCUGUGGCAUUCAAUUUAAAGCGUUUGAAAGCUUUACCGCUCGCAGCUGAAAUAUUUAAAAAGCUAGGGGAUGAAGCACAAGUAAUCCAAUUGCAUGUUGAAGCGCGCGAUUGGGCUGAAGCUUUCAGGCUUGCAGAAAAUAUGCCAGAGAUGUUGCCCACAGUGAACUACCAACAUGCUCAAUGGCUUGCUGAAUCAGAUCAAUUCAUUGAGGCGCAUAAAGCUUACUUAAAAGCGGGCCGCAUGAAAGAUGCUAAUCGGUUGCUGAAACAGCUUAGCACAUCAGCUAUCGAAGAGGAGCGUUUUCUAGAUGCCAGCUACUUUUACUGGUUGCUGUCAAAACAGUAUUUAGACAUUUACCAUAAAAAGGAGGAGCAAAAUCCCAGUGACCACCAUUUCAAAGAGUACCAAAGCCAUUUGCGCAUCGCCAAAGUGUAUUAUGCUUAUAGCGUAAUAUUUAAUUAUAUGAAAGAACCAUUUACGACCUAUUCGCCAGUUAGUCUGUUCAACGUAAGUCGCUUCAUAUUGAAUGAGGUCGAGUAUAAAGGUACACCGAAGGGAGUUAGCUUAUUCGCGGUUCUAUUUACAUUAGCAAAACAAGCCAAGCUACUACAGGCAAACAAACUAUGUUUGGUUGUUAAUAAGCGUUUGCAAUCCCUGAAGCCACCCGCCGGCGUUCAGGAGCAAAUCGAUAUAAACUACCUGAAUAGUAAAGCAUGCAAGAGCGGUUUCAACGAUCCCGAGGAACUGUUGCCGCUCUGUUACAAAUGUUCAAAUUAUAGUCAACACUUGAAUGGCAACAACUGUCCGACCUGCAAACAAGAUUACAUUUUUUCGUUUAUCUCAUUUGAAAUUUUACCAUUAGUGCAAUUUCAUCCUGAAGUAGACAUAAGCGAUUCAGAGGCAGAACGAUUGUUACUCGCCCCACCAAAGGCGGCUGAGGAAGGCGAUCCUUUUAACGAGGAUGUUGCAAGCGCAUUACCACUAAGCCUCGAUCGCAACGCUUUACGCGCUAUACAUCCAAGCCACAUUUUAAUAGUUAAACGCAGUGAAAAUAAUUUGAAAAAUAUAUACUAUCGCAACAUUUUACCGGAUUUGCAAGUUACAUUUUGUCCAGAAUGUUUAUUGGUCUUUUAUUCAGAAGACUUCGAACUACAGGUGUUACAGAAAGGUCAUUGUCCCUUUUGUCGUGCGUCAUCGGAAAAAUUACUUGAUGAAUAUUUGUAGUAAUUGCCUUUAGUAUAGGAGCACGUAGUUUGAUUAUAUUUCUGCACUGGCAGUUUAAAGUGUCUUUGUAAAUGUUUUGUUAGGCUAAGAUGGCAUGCCGCGCACACUUUUGCAGAAUCGAAAUCUAAAAACAUUUAUCUUAUUUAAGUAAAAAAUUCCAUCAUAUACAUAAAUAAACCAUGUAUGUGUAUAUAUAACCCACUUUAUGUACAUUGCACCCAAAUUAACAAUUUAUUUAAUAAAUUUCAAAAUAUAAUCAAA